UAUCACAGCAAGAUGGCUCAGGCUGCAUCAUCAGGGCACUUCCAUCAAGUCAUGAUUCAGGUUGCCUUACAUCACCUGAAACCAGAGGGAAAGUCGGGCACUGUGUUAGUUGGUAAUAUUGAACGUGAUGUGCAUGUUGCACUCAACAUCACCCUAGCUCAGCUUCAGUCUGAGGUAAUCAACCAGCUUGAACCAUUAUGGAUAGAGUGGUCACACAGCCAUGCUCUGUCCCUCUACAGCCUGGAGAUGCACAAAUCGCUGAAGAUGAUUCUUUAUGACCCAAGGCAACCAUCCAUUGGUGCUAAUGAACCAGUUCUACAAGAAUUUUUCAUGCAUGCAACGCCCAAGGAUCCCACACACAAAUUUUAUGCAAAUGCUUGUGUCACCAUCCUUCUUGUAAUGACAAAUGCACAGUUCGAGGAUGUGUUACUCUGGCAAGAGCAAUGU